GCCGCUGCCGCCGGCUUACGGAAGGUGUGAUCUCCAUCUUCGGGACGUUCGCCACCGGAGCACCCACUCCUUUUCUUCCGUUCACGCUGUGCGAAACGGAUCAUCCAAAAACCAGCUAUUUGUAUCUGGAUCUGAUCCAAUUUCAAUUUGUGGUAUACAUGUAUUGUGUCUACAAACUAUUUUUCGUUUGUUUUUUUGCAAAAAUAUUUUUCGUUUGUCUACAAACAAUUUCAAUUGUAGUACACCCAUGUCCUUUACCCGUGCACACCCUUGCGCUGCCUGCUGCGGUUAUCCCAUAUUUGUUGUGGAGCGUGUGCCGGGGGAAUUUGGUUUGGAUGUGGUUGGGAUCGAGGUAUACUCUAGAUUAGGGUUCGAAGUUCUCAUAUGACCUGUGUGAUGUGGUAGAUUCGAUGUUAGAGUGUCGAUGAAAGUUGUCUCUGAGUUUAGUUUUGCACAUGAGUAUUGAAUAUUUGCAGGUGUUUCUCUGAGUUUACUUCUACACAUGUCAAUUAUUGAGUAUUGGUAGGUAUGAUUGUCUAUCUCUUGCUAAGGAAAUUGUUUAGGUGUUCUAUGAUAGUGUUUGACUUUAGAUUGCCUAUUUUGAAGGGACACUUUCAGCGACAGUAUUUAAUUUGGUGUGUUGCCAGAAGACCUGGCUCUGAAUUAUCUUUCUAUUUCUUUGAUUAUCACAGGGAACUCUACUAAUAGUAUGCUGGAUUAGCACGAUUAAACUGAAGUAUGACAAAUUUGCAUAUCAUCCUUGCAGGUUAUUUCUUUGGCGCACUCAUGAUUUAGCACCAGCCAAAUUGACCUUUAACUCUGGUGACAUAAGCUGUUGCUAGGGUAGCAAAUCAAGAGCUAAGAAUGGCAGAUUCAAUGGUAGCAAGCUUCUGGGGGCCUGUGACAUCAACGACUGAGUUGUGCGAGGAGAAUUAUGCACACUCGUCAUAUAUCGCAGAAUUCUACAAUACCAUCUCUAAUGUCCCAUGCGUUCUUUUGGCACUUAUUGGAUUAGUGAAUGCUUUCUGCCAAGGUUUUGAGAAACGAUUUAGUGUCCUGCACAUAUCCAAUAUGAUACUUGCUAUUGGGAGUAUGAUUUUCCAUGCCACCUUGCAACUUCUCCUACAACAGAGUGAUGAGACUCCUAUGGUUUGGGAGAUCCUUCUCUACAUGUAUGUCCUCUAUUCACCGGACUGGCACUACAGGAGCACAAUGCCAACUUUCCUGUUCCUGUAUGGUGCUGCCUUUGCCGUAGUACAUUUCUUUGCCCGGUUCCAAGUCGUAUUCAAGCUGCAUUACGUUGGCCUCUGCUUGCUCUGCAUCCCCCGGAUGUACAAGUACUACAUACAGACGAAAGACGUGGGUGCGAAGCGGCUCGCAAAACUGUGGGUCCUUACACUGACCCUUGGGACCCUCUGCUGGCUGGUUGAUCGCGUCUUCUGCAAGAAGCUUUCGCAUUGGUACGUCAACCCGCAGGGGCACGCGUGGUGGCACGUGCUUAUGGGCCUCAACUCGUACUAUGCAAACACGUUCCUGAUGUUCUGCCGGGCUCAGCAGCGCGGGUGGGAGCCGCGGAUCACGCACCUCCUUGGAUUCUUGCCGUAUGUCAAGGUCCAGAAACCAGAGAAGAGGGAAUGAUUUCUGUCUCUGCUUGAAAACUGAUGAUAUUCAGUCGGCCACCAGUAAGCUAAUGCCCCCAAUGUGUGCUCAGACAAGUCCGUGGCACUCUUGUAUAUGGGCGCCCAAAUGAUUACGGACUUCAAAUGUUCUGAUGUCGCAUUAGAUUUUGUAUCAUACUUAAAUCAUCGAACAGAGAUUGUCCUAGUUUUGGCCACCUUUCUUUUGGUUUCUUCGCAAUUACCGUUUGGUGGUAAAUUAGGACUGAGUUAUUUAUUUAUUUGUUUGUCGUUGAAUGGAGUCCAGUUGUACUAGUUACCACUGCACAAGAAGAUACAUUCAUCCACAUGAUGACAUGUUAAUU